CUCAGCGGCGAGCUCCUCUGUUUCAGUAGACCUUCACCUCCGAUCGAUCAGCACACGUCUUUCCAACAUGGAGCCCCUCAUCAGACGCCAGAGCUCUCAGAACGUUGGUUUCUCAGGUUACUCUGGUUACGCCGGUAGACCUGUGCAGAGGGCCUACGCCCACAGUGUCAGUGGUGGGGCAGGGGGCCACGGGACCAAGAUCUCCACGUCCACCGUCACUUAUGGCACCCGGGUUGGCAGCGGCUUCGGUGGCGGUUUUGACUACCAGUCUUCCGGGACAGCCGCUGACGCCUUGGCCAUUGCAAACGAGAAGAUCGCCAUGCAGCACCUGAACGACCGCCUGGCCAGCUACCUGGAGACGGUGAGGAGUUUGGAGAAGGCCAACAAUUCCCUGGAGAUCAAGAUCAGAGAGACCAUCGAGAAGAGGGGCCCCUUGGAAAGCAGGGACUACAACAAGUACAAUGCAGUCAUCGCAGAGCUGAGGUCAAAGAUCCUUGACAUGAUCAAGGGCAAUGCCCAACUUGCGAUCGCUCUCGACAACGCACGCUUGGCUUCAGAUGACUUCAGAAUGAAGAUGGAAUAUGAGUUGUCGAUGCGGCAGACGGUGGAGGCUGAUGUUGCCAGACUGAGGAAGCUCCUGGACGACACUAAUGUCUUACGGAUGCACCUCGAGGGUGACAUUGAGUCUUUGAAGGAAGAACUGAUCACCUUGAACAAAAACCACAAGACGGAUGUUGCUGAGUUGCGUGCCCAGAUCACCCAGGCCAGCGUCCAUGUGGAUGUUGAUGCUCCAAAAGGCCAGGACCUUGCCAAGAUCAUGGCAGAAAUGAGGGAAAAAUAUGAGAGGAUCGCACUUAAGAACCAACAGGAACUCAAAGACUGGCAUGAAUCUCAGAUCACGGAGGUGCAGGUGCAAGUCACUGAGAGCUCAUCAGCUCUAAAGGAGGCAGCGAGUGUGAUGAGUGAAACUAGGAGGAAGUACCAGUCUAUGGAUAUUGACCUUCAGUCCGCCCUUAGUCUGAAAGCGUCUCUGGAAGCCACCCUGCGCGAUGUGGAGCUGCGUUACAACAUGGAGAUGGAGAAGUACAAUGCCAUUAUCCUGAGGCUGCAGGAUGAGUUAACUCAGAUCCGCACCGACAUCCAUCAUAACACAAGGGAUUACGAGGUCCUGCUGAACAUCAAGGUGAAACUGGAGGCCGAGAUCGCCGAGUACAGGAGGCUGCUGGACGGAGGAACAGACCUGAGACUGGAGGACGCCGUCGAUUCAAAGACAGUCCAGACCAAAGUGGUGACCGUCACUCAGACUUUGGUCGAUGGCAAAGUAGUGGCAGAGAGCAAAGACAUCAAAUCCAGCGAAAAGGUUGCAACCAGUUAAAAACUGAGGGGGAGGGACAAAUUUGCCAACAAAAAUAAAAGAAGUGAAAUAAUAAAAA